UUGGAUUGGACAUAAUUGAGCGUGUUGUUUCCUCAGCCUCAGCAUGCUCGUGCAUACGUGACGAUCUGCAGUAUGGAUAAUGGCAGAUAUGAGGCUGGUGUGAUUGUGUGCACAGACGACGAGUUCAGGCAAGUGGUAUGCACGACAUAGGCAAGCGCCCGGCUCGGACCAAUCUGAUACGUACGCGACUGAAGACGCGCCUCGCACACUACUUUCCUGCCACCAUAUUGAACGCGUUGUGCUUCCUACUAUAAUAUUCAUUCGCAUGGUAGACCUUCUUUGAUAACACCAAGUUCAAUUCCCGACAUUCGUUGUUAUCAUCCCAUCAUGUCCGCCUCAUCGCCCCUGCCAUCGUUCUCGUCACCUGCGUCAUCGCGUCUUCCCACUGCUAGACGCGCCAGUUUUAGUGGUCAAUUGGCCUUUCUCGUGCAUUCGCAGGAAACCGUCGCGAACCAUAUGCCGCCGGAUGUUGACAACAAGGCUCUUGCUCGCCAGAAGAGAAGACGCACCAGCAAGGAAGACGAGGACGUCCUAAAAUCCGAAUACCUCAGGAAUCCGAAGCCAGACAAGGCGGCACGUCUCGAAAUUGUCCGAAAAGUCGCGCUUGGCGAGAAGGAAGUUCAGAUCUGGUUUCAAAAUAAACGCCAAAACGACCGCCGUCGCUCACGGCCCCUCGAACCAUCUUCCACGGCAUCGCUGAUGUCUUCUUCUUCCACCAUGUCGGACCCGCUCACCGAGGACGAGACGGUAGCCAUAGCACACAAUAUCGAUAACGCGCCGGAGCCGAAAGAGUCGGACGAGUGCCCCAAGUCCGACCCACCAGAGCAGCCUGCAACACCAGAACUUACUUCAGACGAAACCAUCCCAGAACCGCGCACCAUCGACACUGCCAUUUCCGCGCUCGAUCCAGGAAGCUCCAAUGAAGCAGUCGUAGAACCAUCGACCGAAGCCCAAAGUACAGAAAAUGCAUCUGCUGAAGUAAGCAACUCGCAACAGACUGCACCAUCCUCACAGGGCACCGCACAACAACGCACAUCAUGGAUAUCCAACCGUCGCAGCGCGUCAUUCGUCCGAUAUCUCGAAGACUACACGCCCGAAGUCAUCACCUUUCCGAACCCUCCGCAGCCUUCUGUGUCGCCCGACAAUGCGACAAAGACCCCUUCCCGACCACUGAAGCGCAAGCAUUCCUUUGUACGAAUAUCAACCAAUGAGGACGGCACAGCACGCAUCGUCACCGAUCUUGACAAAACCCCAUCACCCCCUAAAUCAAAGAAGACGCCUUCUUCCUUCUCUCGUGCUGCUGCUGGCCUGCGACGGAGCUACAGCGCAGCUGGACUGAACGAUCGCCUAGCCGCUGCUGCCCGAGGAGAGCCAAGCCCAAAGGUACCUAGGACAGCGUCGAACAUAGGAAGGAGUCGAGAUUCGCGCGCGUGGGAGUUCUGGUGUGACCCAGAGAGUCGGUCAACAACCAGCUUAAUAACACGUGCGGAGCAAGAAGAGAGUGGCAGUGCGGCUGACGCGAUUGGCAUACUACGCGCGAAUCGAAGAAUAUUAGCACAGAACCAAGCUCGCCAAAACAGUAGCCCCUUGAUGGCACGUCACAGCUCACACAAAGUGCAGGGCAGCCCACUCGUUAAAAAGUCCCGCGGUGCUAUGCAACGCGCUUCGACCAUCAAUGGUCGCUUUUCUAACGACGACUAUGCCGACUACAAGAAGGGUGGUGAGAGCACUGAGUCGGACGAGUUCCCACAAACGGAAAGCGACAAGGAGAACUGGGAGCCUGACGCGCCCAAGUCUGUGCGACGCGAUCGCCAGGUCGCCACUACACCUCCUGCUUCCCGUGCAGCUCGCCGGAUACUGGGAGAGAACACAGACCUGAUGUCACAGACCUCAAGUCUCGGUACAAUGCUAGCCAAGGACAAGCAAAAAGGCGGUAAGGGUGUCGUCGACCCAGAGCAAGACGAUGAACUGCGGCAGUUUAUGCACGGUGACGAUGCGAGUGGUCGUUCAAGUAUAAACUCUGCAGAAGAGGCGGGAUGUGUAGAGGGCCUGCUGAAGCUGAGCCAGGGUCAAUGGAGAUGAUCAGAGUACCUUGGUGUAGCGAAUGGCCGCACACAUUUCUAACGCAGUUGAUGACGGGUUGGCGCAAUAUCGGUUUCUGGUUCUUUUAUCUCCAUUGCAUUUCAGCGCCACGGCGUUUGUAUUGACAUGGUCUAGACUAGGGAAAGAGCCUAUCAUAAUGGCAAAGGUGUUUGGGGGUAAAGCUGUCUAGUGUUGCAUGUCAACAAGUCAGUAUCUUUUGUCAAGCUUCCGCAAGGUCAAGCAACCUUCUGAAAUAGAAGCCAUAUCA